GCCUUCUUUUUCUCUUUAUUCCUCUGUAACUGAAAUUUCAGUUGAAUUCAUCUCUCAUCGCCCAUCGGAGAAAAAAUGCAGUCCAUUUCCAGGCGAUUAAUCCAACAACCUCUGAAGAACUCUCCUUCAAUCUCAUCAUUCAAGGCACUUUACUCCAUUUCUGAUCAUGGUUAUGGUGUUGAUCAUCCUAGGUAUGGAUCUACUCUUGCUACUAAAGGUCUUGGCCACAUAGUCAGAAAGGGCACUGGAGGAAGGUCAUCUGUUAGUGGUAUUGUUGCAACAGUAUUUGGCGCAACUGGGUUUCUUGGACGUUACCUCGUACAACAACUUGCUAAAAUGGGGAGUCAAGUUUUGGUUCCUUUUCGAGGUUCUGAGGACUCUCCUCGCCAUCUCAAAUUGAUGGGUGAUCUUGGCCAGAUUGUACCUAUGAAAUAUGAUCCACGAGAUGAAAGUUCAAUCAAAGCAGUGAUGGCAAAGGCUAAUGUUGUUAUUAAUCUUAUUGGAAGGGAAUACGAAACAAGAAAUUUCAGCUUUGAGGAAGUCAAUCACCAAAUGGCUGAACAGCUUGCUGUGAUUGCAAAGGAACAUGGUGGUAUCAUGAGAUUCAUUCAGGUUUCUUGCCUUGGGGCAUCUCCAACUUCAGAAUCUAGGAUGCGUAAAGCCAAAGCGGCCGCAGAGGAAGCUAUCUUAAGAGAGCUUCCAGAAGCAACUAUAAUGAGGCCUUCUACUAUGAUUGGUACAGAGGAUCGAAUUUUAAAUCCUUGGGCUCAGUUUGUGAAGAAGUAUAGUGUUCUUCCAUUGAUUGGGAAUGGAUCAACCAAGAUGCAACCUGUUUAUGUGGUUGAUGUUGCUGGUGCUAUUGUGGCUGCCUUGAAAGAUGAUGGGUCUAGCAUGGGAAAAACAUAUGAACUUGGAGGGCCAGAUGUCUUCACAGUGCGGGAAUUGGCAGAACUCAUGUUUGAAAUGAUUCGUGAAUGGCCCCGGUAUGUGAAAAUUCCAGUGCCAAUUGCAAAGGUCGUUUCUUCUCCUCGAGAAAUUUUGCUCAACAAAGUUCCAUGUCCUUUACCAACUCCAACUAUAUUCAAUCUGGAUCAGAUCCGUGCUCACUCUGUAGAUACAGUUGUAUCUGAUAAAGCUUUAACAUUUGCUGAUCUUGAUAUUGCCCCACACAAGCUCAGGGGAUAUCCUGUUGAGUACCUUUCUUGUUACCGGAAGGGUGGGCCGCAAUUUGGAUCGACAAUCAGUGAAAAGGUUACACCUGAACCUUGGUGAUUGUUCCUUACCAACUCCCAUUCUCUUGCAUGCGUUAAAUUUGUCAAGAUCUAUUCUUUUGUGAUCUUCCAUGCAUUAUGUGGGAGGUGGAGCAGUACAAAAGUUGAGUGCUGACCAUCUUUAGCACCGAUAAUAUAGAUUAUAUUGUCGAUGUAGUACGUGCUGUCAAGAAAACAAAGAAGAAAUAAUAAACAUAAAGAUAAUUUGGUCAUCAGGGUUGUAUAAUCUUGAGAAAUGCUGUCAUUUUUUGUAACCUUUUGAACCAUUUGCUAGAUUUUUCCCAGGUUCAGUUCAUGCCGGGUGAACAGUUUCAUUAUUUAUUUGAAAACAUUUAUGCCAAAA